AUGAUCGUUACCGAAAAUAAUGUGGAAGAAAUAGCACAACUGAAAAAUAAUUUGUUUUCAAAGUUUGAAAUGAAAGACCUUGGGAAUCUCAAGUAUUUCCUUGGGAUAGAAGUUCUCAGGUCUAAACGAGGGAUUUUCAUCUGCCAAAAGAAGUAUGUCCUUGAUCUCCUGGCGGAAACUGGGUUGAUUGAUUGUAAACCAGCAGAUACGCCAAUGGUGGUGAACCACAAUCUUCACAUGGAAAUUAAUGGAGAGCUUGCAGACAAAGAAAGGUAUCAACGGCUUGUGGGCAACUUAAUUUAUCUCUCUCACACUUGCCCUGAUAUAGCUUAUGCUGUUGGAGUGGUAAGUCAGUUCAUGCACCAACCACAAGUUGCCCACACGGAAGACUGGAUAGGAGAUAAAGGAAACCGAAGUUCAACAUCAGGGUACUUCUCCUUAGUUGGUGGAAACCUUGUCACCUAG